CGGGUCCUGCGACGUGAUGACGUCACUGCCCGACGCUGGCAGUUCGGCUGGUUGUACAUCCGGGUCCUGGCGCUGGCCGUUGUCGGGGUUGUUUACGCGCUGGAGGCCGGGGGCAGCGCAGGAGCACAUUUCGGUCAAAAAUACCCUUUAACAGCCGCUGAGGUUUGUGUUCCGGGCUGUGAGUGAAGUUGAAUGAUGCAGAAGCGGCUGAUAAGCGGCGGGCAGGUCCGCUCGGCCACUGACUGAACACUUUAAUUCAGCACCGAACCUGAGCGCCUCAGCCUGCUGCUGCUCCUCAGCAUCUCUCUGUUUCACCACUUCGGGUUUUCGGUGUGUGAGGUGUGAGAGAUGGGUGCAUUCCUGGACAAGCCGAAGAUGGAGAAGCAGAACGUUCAUGGCGAGGGGAACGGGCUGCGUUACGGCGUGAGCAGCAUGCAGGGCUGGCGUGUGGAGAUGGAGGACGCUCACACAGCUGUGAUCGGCCUCCCACAUGGACUCGAGCCCUGGUCCUUCUUCGCUGUGUACGAUGGCCAUGCCGGCUCUCAGGUCGCCCGCUACUGCUGCGAACACCUGCUUGAGCACAUCACCAGCAACCCCGACUUCCAGGGCGGCAGUGGAGGAGAGGAGGAGCCGAGCGUGGAGCGCGUCACAUCAGGGAUCAGAACCGGCUUCCUGCAGAUCGAUGAGCACAUGCGGGAGAUGUCGGAGCGGAACCGGAGCGGCUCGACGGCAGUGGGCGCCAUGAUCUCGCCACAUCGCAUCUUCUUGAUCAACUGCGGUGACUCUCGGGGGCUGCUGAGCCGCGCCGGCGCCGUGCACUUCUCCACGCAGGACCACAAACCCAGCAACCCGCUGGAGAAACAGCGCAUCCAGAACGCAGGAGGAUCCGUCAUGAUCCAGCGUGUGAACGGCUCUCUCGCCGUGUCCAGAGCUCUCGGAGAUUUCGACUACAAGUGUGUGAGUGGAAAAGGCCCCACGGAGCAGCUCGUUUCCCCCGAACCUGAGGUUUACGCCAUCGAACGCUGCGAAGCUGAGGACGAGUUCAUCGUUCUGGCCUGCGACGGGAUCUGGGACGUGAUGACCAACGAGGAGCUGUGUGACUUUGUACGCUCGCGACUGCAGGUCACUGACGACUUGGAGAGAGUGUGCAACGAGAUCGUUGAUACCUGUCUGUACAAGGGAAGCAGAGACAAUAUGAGCGUGGUGCUGGUGUGUUUUAGCGGCGCGCCGAAGGUUUCACCAGAGGCCGUGAAGAGAGAAGCAGAACUCGACAAAUACCUGGAGAGCCGAGUCGAGGAGAUCCUGAAGAAGCAGAAUGAUGACAGAGUCCCAGACCUUGUGAAUGUGAUGCGAACGCUGGCUUCAGAGAGCAUCCCAAACUUACCGCCUGGAGGAGAGCUGGCCAGCAAGCGAAGCAUCGUUGAAGCCGUAUAUAACAAACUCAACCCCUACAGGAAUGAGGACACAGACUCUGCAUCCGCUGAUGACGUGUGGUAGCAUUUUACAGCACACACACACACCCCUUCCCCACGCCUCUCCGGCUUCUCUCUCUCUCACUCUCACACACACACACAGAGGAACCGACAGGACGCCAGCCGAAGAGGAGGAAUGAGGGACUCAUCCCUUUACACUCAGCUACACUCACAAUGGGACAUUAUAUUCCUUUAUUUUUUAUUUUCCUGAUGUCUUUUUUUUUCGGGGGGGGGCUGUAAUUAAUUUGAUUCACAUUGUCAUGUGUGUUUGUAUAUUUGUUUUUGAAGUGCAAUUGUUUUUAAAAAAGAAAAAAAAGGAAGAAAAAAGCCUGUAUCAAAUGCAGCUUGUUAUUAAAUGUAUAAAAAGUCUUACUUUAACCUAAACCUUAUAAAAUUUAAAAAAAAAGAAAAUGUUUAUGCACUAUCUGCCUUGUCAUAGGAAAUGUCGACUCUCAGUAAGUUCCUGGUUCCUUGAGCUCUUGUUUUCCUUUCCGUUUCCAUCAGGCGUGUGCCGACGGUGCGCUUCAGCAUUGCGAUAUUUGAAGGAAAUAAGCCUGGCAGCGUCCGACACGCUUCUAAACUGUAUUGUAUGAUAAUAAUAAGUCAUUAUGGGAUAAAGCAGAACCGACGGUCCAGGACAGGACUCUGAGCCCGAGCUCUCUGAUUGGGCCUUGUUCUCGUGGGCGUUCCUGUGGGGAGUUGCCUGCUGGUUGCCAUGGUUUCUCUGGUAGUGUAACACGACUGCAGAAACGCAGCGAGCCACAGAACGGACACAAAACCGUGCGUUCGGCCACAAAUCAGACGUCUUCCUCCCAAAGAAAUAACACCAUGUACAGCUGGUUCAGGAGUUGUGAAUGUGCUGAACCUAAACACAUGGAUACUGUUUCUUCCACCCCAGCCAUCUUCUCCUCUUUACACUCAGCACCGAUGGGCUUUUGCAAAAUCCCCUGCGUUCAGCUAUAACAUUAGAAAACCACGUUGUUCUUCACACGGUGCUCUGAGCGUCUGGAUCUCAGACACGAUGCGUUCCCAGCUGGACAGAAACUAAAAUGAUGGCUGUGUUCACGUUCCUGUAAUUAAACGUGCUGCAGUAACAUGGUGGGAAUCUUCACUUUUUAAAAUGGUUCACGAGGGUCUCUUCCCUCCCUUUUCAUUUCUUUACGAUGGUUUGUGCCGGAGGACGGUCUGCUCCCCCGGUCUGCUGCCCCAGUCUGGUGUCGUCGCUCGUUUCCGUUCCCACAGCUGAGUCAUGCGCGAGUCAUUACCGGCCAUCACUGCUCUGAGUUUAAAGACACUAGGUCGGUUUGGUUGUUUCCGAGUCCUUUCCGAACACGACAGAUGCAUUUUAGGGAACAGAAACACUAUCUGCCUCUGCACCAUCCUCCUGUUCUCACCCUCCACGGCACCACGCUGCGUCCAUCAAAUAUCGCGGUGUACCACAUCACCGCUCAUUGGCACACGCUUGAUUUCAGACUUUUUUUUUUUUUCCCCUGCUCCUUUGAUGAAACGGGUAAACGAUAACAGGCUUACAGCGCAGAGAGCUUAUUCUCUUUUCUUUAACAGAUCCAUUUGUUUUCUUUGCUUGUUGUUGUUUUUUCCUUGAUCGGCACAUACGACACAUCGCUUCAGCGAGAGAGAGAGAGUUUUACAGUCCAGAUUUAACGUCUUUCUUUCUGAAUAAUUGUUCAUGUUUUUGAAGGGGGGAAAAAAAGAAAAUCAUCAACUCUUCCUUAGAACCAAGCUCGUGUGUGUGUGUGUAAAAUGCUGAAUUUUCCUCCAAAUCCACAGAACACUGUAUUGUUGGAGCUUUUUCCUCUAAGAAAAGUGUAAUUUUUUUUUUUUUGAAUUAUAAUUGUGUUGUAUUCCUGAGCUGUGUUCCAAUAUUUUCUUUUUAAUUGUGCCCUCGUUCACUUCCCCUUUACCCUGAUUACUGUGUAUUAAAACUAAUUACAAGAAACUCUAGUUCAGAUCCGAGGAGCUCCACACUGUUAAUGAGAUUACAGUUGUGAGGUGAUGCGUGUCGUACGGUACAUAAGCCACGCUUACAAUCUACGCACAACAGAGAAUUCAGGAAAACACAAACACACAAGCACAAACGUUAGGUUUUUUUUUUUUCUUGUUUGUUUAAACAGACUUUUGUCUUCAGGCUCCUUUCACUGAAUUGUUUCUGAUGUUAAUUAACAUGAAUAAUUAAUAAGGCGAGUUUUAAUACACAGUAAACCCACAGUGAUUUAGUCCAGGUGUUAAUGACUUGGUGUAUUAAAGCUGAUGUUCACAGAGGUUGCAAAGCCUUCAAGUCAAGCAUUCAGGCAUCGGAUACAAGUUUACUCUACACUAAAUUUAAAAAAAUAUAUAUAUAUAUUUUUUAAAUUUAGUGUAAAGAGGUCUUUAGAAGAAAGGUCGCCGUGUUCGACAGAGAACCAUUUAAGUGUUUUUGUUUAAUUGUUAGACUUGUUUUGUUGGCAUUAUGAAGAAAAAAAAAACUUUUAUUUGCUUUUUUUUUUAAACACACUGUAGUAGUGCAUUCUGGGUAAGUUGUGGUCAAGGAGUUGUAAGAAUUUGCACUGAUGGAAAGAAAAACACCAGGACGGGGCAGCGCAGAGGAUUUCAGGAUCUUGGGGAAGUGGAUGAGGCGACGAGGGUGUAUUUAUUUGUUUAAAAAAAAAAAGGGCAAGAAAAUUGGGACACAGCCCUGGAGCAUCUUAAGCCGACUGCAAGCUUACACACGUUACACUGUGUUCUUCAGCCAGUGUGUGUGUGUGUGUGUGUGUGUGGAUGCUUUUGCUUGUUUUUGCCAUGUUGUUCUUUCUGCCAUUUUUAUACUUUUUCAGAAGAGAACAAAACACCAAGCUUUUUUUUUUCCCCACUUUGCGUGUGCGUUCCUCAAGCUCUGGGAUGUUUGAUUUUUAUUUCCUUUUUAAAUCGGGAGCAUGUCUGAACACUGUUUGUUGCUAGGGUGUGAUUGCUUUAAAGGACUUUGACUCCCCCCCGGCAUAAUGCUGUAAAUGUUUCUGCAAAAAUGAAAUCAGAUUUUAGAAAGAACGUUACUUACUUUCUCUAUCUCUCUCUCACACACACACACACACACACACACACACACGUGUUCACUGUACUACAGCCCUGUUUACUUCUUUAAGACCUGGUGGCGAGUUUAGCGUGUGUGUGUGUGUGUGUGUGUGCGCCUCCCUCCUGCUGAGCCGAACCGCAAUAAUAAACCAGAUUCCUAAAAUAUA